CCACCAUAUGUCUAUUUCAGGGGCUUAGCUUGGAAGAUUUAGUGUAUCUUCUAGGCCAAAUUUGUGUUUUUAUCCUCACAUAUUUUUGUUGGUUAUUCUUGAUCUUCAUUAUUAAAGAUGAUACUGAUGAAAAAGAGAGAAAAGACGAUCAACUGACAUCUUUCAAAUAUGACUCGGGGAGCGAUCGGGAUGAUAUUUCCUUCGGUGGCCUUUCGGCACCCCCCGAGAUCCUGGCUCGGGGGCCGAGAGCACAGCAAGCGUAUGCCGAAGCAGCUAAAGCUGGCAAGAAGAAAGUAUUCCGAACGCGCCUGAUGCUUGUGGGACAAGAACGUGUUGGAAAGACAAGUCUAAAGAAAACUCUCACAAGACAAGGAUUUGAUGAAAAUGAGGCAAUAACGGACGGUGUAGAAGCAACAGACGCAUGUGAAAUUAGCAUUGAGGUUGCAAAAGCUGGCGAGAAAAUGUGGUCAAUUCACAAGAAAGGACAUGAGAAUGAAGAUAACAAGGAGGAUGAAUACAAAAAAGCUCUUGCGGAUGACAUAGCAAAGAGGCUGACCGUGAACCCUCAACAGGGUCAAGGAAGUUUUGAACCACACAGCAGAGGUCUGAAUCAAGAAGAAGAAGACGAAUCUGUCUUCGAUAGUGUGGAGGCGCCCAAGGCUGAAGUGAAGGGUGAAAAUAUGCCGAAUCGAAUAGCAAGUCUGGUGCGGAAAAUGCUAAAGAAACUGGUUCACAGAAAGGAUCAAGAAACUUUAGAACCACACAGAGGCCUGAAUCCUUCAGAAGCAGAAGAAUUUGUCUUGGAUAAUGUGGAGGUGCCCACAGCUAAAAAGGAGGAUGACAAUAUGCCAAAUCAAAUAGCAAGUCUGGUGGAGGAAAUGCUUAAGGAACAGGUUCACCUAAAGGAGAUAGGAGCAGACAGGACUGAUAGCGGUAGAGGAGAAGGAGUCUCCCUAAGUAUAUGGGACUUUGCUGGUCACGACAUAUACUACUCAACCCAUCAGGUGUUUCUGACGUGGCGAGCUAUUUAUGUGAUUGUCUUUGAUCUCAGUAGAAGUUUGGAUUCUGUCGUUCCCCCUGAAUCCAGAGACAAGAAUUAUGAAAUGGUUAAAGGAGGUGCCAAAUCAGAACUGACAUGUCUAGAGUUCAUCAAUUUCUGGUUGUAUUCCAUCUACGCCCAUGCUGUGGCGCCGUCUUCAGUCAUAAAUAAGAAUUCGCGGUCUAAAACCGCCCAGAAAUCUCCACCAAUAUUCAUCGUUGGUACGCAUCGAGAAAGUGUGAAAGGAGAUGCAAAAGAGAAAAGGGAAAAGAUCGGCUCUGCCUUUAAGAAGAUCCGUGAAUCUAUCAUGGAGAGGCCGUUUCAAUGCCAUGUGGUUCCCGAGUAUUAUGCCAUUGAAAACAGCUUAAAGGACAAAGACGAUAUGCUGGUUGCGUUGAGGAGACACAUUGAGAGAGUAGCGAUGACAGAGCCUUACAUGGGAGAAGAGAUUCCACUCAGAUGGCUCUUAUUUGAGGAAGCUCUAGCUGCACAUGAAAUCAAUUACAUGUCAUUAGAUCAGACCAAGGAACUGACGCAGUCAUUCGGGAUGGAAUUAGAGCAUGAACUUCUCACGAUGCUGACCUUUUACCACGAUCUGGGUAAUGUAGUCUACUACGGAGGCAUCGAAGACCAGCAUUCUCUCCUACAAGACAUGGUGAUCCUGAAUCCCCAAUGGCUAAUUGAUGUCUUCAAGCAGGUCAUUACCAUCCUGGAUCCCGCAAAAAGAGAUGGGAUCGUGAGUGCUGCUUUGGCCACUCUUGAGAAGGAUGGUAUCUUAGAGGAUAGGUUGAUUCAGCAUAUGUGGCAAGGCUUUUUGGAGAAGAAGGAGGCCUUAGUCGAGCUCAUGGCCAAGUUUGAUCUCAUCUGUGAGGCUCCUGUAGAACGACUCCAGCAGGAUGGAGUAGACACUGAGGUAUCAAAUGAAACAGAGAAGGUGGUAAAGAAGCGCUACUAUGUUCCUUCCAGACUGACGUCCCCUUGCCCCUCAGAAGAGAUUGCACAGAUCACAUCUUCCACAGACUUUUAUGUGGACUUCAGAGGCUUCUUACCAGAUGGGCUGUUUCAUCGGUUGAUGGCGAGAGCAGUCAGAUGGAUGGGUGAAAGAGAUGGAGGACCAGUCACUCUUUUCCAUCGUCACAUCAGUCUAAUGGUUGACGGAGUGCAUCAUGCCUUAAUAGAGAUGUUACCUCCUUGUGAAGCAACUAUCAAGGUCAUUGUAUAUCAAGGAGCGGUUGCUGGUUCUGAUCAUGAUGGGGAUAGUCACAAACCCCCAGCCCCAAGUGCUGUCAAAGAGGUGAUGGACUUUGUAACGAAAACCCUUGAUAGCCUUAUUCAGCACUGGGCUAGGAGGAUCGAGUAUGAUGUCCGCUUUCUGUGCCCGAGCCCGAAGUGCAAGUCGAAGAUACUGCUUAAAGACUGUUACAAAGGAAUGUCACUCAAGUGUAGACUACAUACCAUCCCUACUGCUGCAAUCAAGUUCAAGUUUGGUAUGAGUGAGGAAGGAGUGAAGACGGGGAACGAAAGUUCAAGUAGCUCUUUGCAAAGGAAUGAAGACGCAAGAAGAACUGGAGAAUCAACACAAAGAAGCGCUCCAUCUUACCAAACAAGCAGAAGUGCAACCAGCGGAUCCUCUCAAGGACAGCCGAAGUUCCAUGACAUCUAUCUUAAGUUUAGUCAAGACACGGAUGAUGUACAUAAGGUGAAGGAUAUCAUCCGCAGGAAUGGCUGGACGAUGGUGACUGCUGCCGACAGCAGGCUUGGUGUCCCGAAAAUGGCCAGUAUCGAGGACGCCCUCAAGACCUGUUCCCACGUGGUCCUUAUAAUCACGAAGGAGGAUUGCGAGAAGAACGACCCAUAUCAGACCAUGAUGAUGGGGAUGGCAUUUCAGUCGACGGUGGGCGGGAGUUUGAAUGGCCGGGUGAUUUCAAUCCGAUGCUGCGAGGAGAGUCAUCUUCCGUUAUCGCUUCAGAGUUUGGAAAAUGCAUGCAUCAAUGAUCACUCUCUAGAGGACAAACUAAAGAGGACCAUUGAUGUUAGCAUCAGGAAGAACAAAGAAAGAUCAUCAGUGGGUACUAGCUCCACGUUGCCAACAGGAGUAUCCAUUGCACCUCCAGUGUCCUCUGACCUCAGUACACAGCCUCUGGCAGCGGCACGGGUUGCUUCAGAGGUUGAGCGGAUCCUCCCGCGAAUCAACGAUCUGCCAGCUGUUCCAAGCUCUUCAGUGAACAUACAUGGGAAUGUUUUUAACAUCGGCUCCAUGUAUGUUACAGGGAGACAUGAUCUUGUGCCGCUGCACCCAAUGAUCAUCCCCCUUGUGGUACGGCACGAGCUGAGUAAACUAUUGAACGGUCCCCGUGUUACUCAUGACGACUGGAAGGGACUUGCUAGUGCCUUGCGAUUGGAUGACUACAUCGCUAGUCUGACCAACAAGCCAGACCCAACAGCAGAUCUGAUUGAUAUGGCGGAGAGACAGAAGAAGAUUUGCAGUCUCGAGGAUCUGAGGCUCAUUCUGAAGCAGAUGAAGCGCGAUGAUUGUGUGGAUGUUCUUGAUGCCGGAGCAUCGGUAGAGUCAAACAGCCGUCUGAUGAUUAAAGAUCGGGACAGAAGUAGCAGUUCUAGUGAUGACAGUUACAAUGAAUAAGUCUCUGGAUUGUAAACCACGGGGUAUGGGGUUUGAAUCCUGCCAAAGUAGAUGUAUAUGAAGAUAGUGCAUGUGUUUAAAGGCUUCAUAUCAUAAAGAUGUGAACAUUAUGAAUACUGAUGAGGCUACCCUGGGUAAAAAAGACAUAUUAUUAUUAUUAUUAUUACAUCUGAGUGAUAAUAUUAUAUUUUCUAACAACUAGACAUUUAGUGUUCCCCGUGCGGACUCGUGUUUCCUGCCCACUACAUUCCUCUAAUGUACGUUAUUGUGCACAUUAUCAUAGUUCAUUUUUCACAGGUAUCAUUUUAUAGAAAAGUGUAUGCUUUUAAAAUACUCAAUCAUUUGGCACCUGAAUAUCUUAAUGACACCCUCCAAAUAUAUACACCAACUCGCAGUCCUCGUUCAGCAACCGACACAUGUAAACUUAACAUUCCCUAAACUAGACUCUCAGCAGCUGAAAUCAAAGACUUGGAACAGUAUCCCUCUUUCCAUAAUGGAAAUUACCUGUCUUGCCACCUUAAAAAAAUCCCUAAAAACUUACCUUUUCCCCAUUAAUCUAUGUGAUAUACUUUCUCUACAGUAACUGUAGAUUUUUUGCUCUUUUUAUAUAUUUGUAUUUGUAACCGCUAUGGUACUAAUUGUUUUUAACGCUCCUAAAUAUUCGAUAUUAUCAUUAUAAUUAUGUUUAUUUACAAAUAACCAGAGGUAGCUGCCUAUCUUUGAUAUUUUGAAAGAGUGAUUCCUAUUUUCGGACCUUCAAGCUAGGUUUUGCACAGGUCAUUUCCCUCUUUUUGUCUGAAGACUUUUUGUUAAAAAGUUAAAAAAUUACAUUUGAUUCAUAACUUUCCAAUGUUUAGCUGUAAAACAUUAGUUGGUAAUACAAAAAAUGAAAGUAAAUGGUUAGAGUUUAUUCUUUAGGAUCUUAUCAACGUAUAGUGAUCAUGGUUUACAUUAUAUUUUAACUCAGAGAUGGAUUAUUUGUUGUUGUCUUGUGCUCAAUAUAAUCAUGAAAAUGUAUUUUAUAUAUGUAUGAUAUUUUGAUGAAGGAAGCCUUGAAUAACAUGUUGCGAAUGUUUUAUUCAAUUUGAUAUGGAACUGCAUUAUCUUCAAUCGCUGCUCAUAAGUAUCGGCUUGCACGUUGAUGUCGAUAUACAGGAGGCUUGCGGUUGCACCAUGUGAGAGAGGGUGAGGAUUAGAGCCACUCAUAGGGCCACUCCUACCACCCAUCCUCUCCAACCGAUGCUAUAAUUCUCCUUCGAACUAUAAGCUAAGAAAGAUAACCAACAUUUUUUUUGCAAGACUAUACCAACAGUCCUUUUCAGGACUACACACACGUACACUCGAGAAAGGAAGAUUUAAUACCGAGAGUCCUUUUCAAUACUCCCCAAUCCUCCCCCUCCAAGUCCAAGUGAGCUUCUUGUUGUAAUGCCCCCCUCUACUGCUGGGCUUUAGUCAAUUUUUAGACCUGGAUCAGAUGACCAUCAACUUGAAGCUGUUACUCAGUUUGGGGGACUCGGUUUAUUAUCUGAAACGAGUGUUGUUAUGAAUAAUAAAACGUGCUAAUUGCAUAAUAACCUUUACAGGGAAGUUGUAUGAAUUAUAUUUUUAAAGAAUUGUAAUUUUGUUUGAGUAAUAUUUUUGAACAAUUGUGAUGUUUGUCAAUAUUUGAGCUUCCUGUGUACUCCAUUUGGUAAAUUGUGUGAUAUAUUAAGUUCAUGAAUAUAUAUUUUGUUAACUCUUUGUAAGACAGGGCCCUGGUAUGUAGAACUAAUAUUAAAUAUUAUAUUUACAUGUUGAGAGUCAGCUUUGAUAAAUAAAUGUUGUAUUUUGUGCUUGCACAAGUGAUAAAGAAUUCAUGUGUUAGAGAAUCAUGCGAUACAUUUUCUUACGGGAUUAAAUUGAUUUUCAAUGUAUGAUCUCAACAAUGAUAUUUUAUCUCACUUUUAUACUGAUUAUUGAUAUGUGUAGAGAAUUCAGAAGUUUCAGCGUUCCACGGAGAUAUAAAAGAAUUAAUAUGUUGUUAUUGCAAUGAAGUGGUUGCUAGUUGUGCAGUUAUACUUGUCGUAGAGGGCGGCCAAAUGUAAACAAACCUUUAGAGAUAGCUGCGCCCAUAUGCAUCGAUUAUCGAUAAACUGUGCUGUUGGUAGGGAUUAAUUUUGAUUGUCCUAUAUGUUAUAAUAAGAUACAAAUUAGUUGAUUAAGAUUGAAGAAAUGAUGUGUUUCUACAUUUUGUAUUAUUAAUGUAUAGAAGAAGUAUUUCAGCAGUGCUGAAUAUUUCAAUGAGUUUGAACUUAAUUAUAUUGAUAUGCCAAAUGACAUGCAGAUUAUGCUGUCAGAAUAGCCAGUAAAGAAAUGCUUGGUUGUUGUUAUUGUUUUUAUUGAUUACAGCUGGUAUAUGUUUGCUGUUGAGUCAUCUUAUCCAAUGGCUACGUGUGGUGACUUGGCUGCUACAUGGUUCGUUAUUCUUUCUGCAAAUUUAUAAUUAUGACGUUUAAUGCAGUAGUGAAAAUGUAUACCAUAUUUGAAAUUUAUUUUAGUACAAGAAAUUUCUUGGUCUUUUAGAUGUGCAUCUUGCUUGUGAUAUAGCUUUUUUUUGUAGAAUGCUUAGAUAACAAAAAAUACUUCAGCAUUUCAAAGUGCACUUAUGAAAUUAGUUCAGCUCAUAGCCAGGAUUUUAGUAUGACAAAUUGUGUUUGAUUGUGUUCAAAUGCUAUUUAGAUAAUUGAUUCUUGUUAGGAUUUCUAUUCAGAUUAAUUUCCAUUCGGAUCUUAAAACAGAGUUUAUAUUAUCAGAGGGUAAUGAGUGAAGUUUCGUUAGAAUAGGGAUACAAAUAUGUAGUGUCUGUACUUUGUAGGUCAUGUAUAUAUUUACAUUUUUCCCAUGAGGCCUGACAGUUGGAGGCAUUUUACGGAAUAUGCAAUGAUGUAUACGUAUUAAGUAUUGUAAACUUGUCAUCAAUUCCAGCAGAUGUGUGGAAAUUAUACUGAAUCUAUUUACUUUUAUUCUUCUUCUUCUUCUUCAAGAUAAUCUGCCUCCUUCAAUUAAUCAUUGUCCUAAAGUAAUAGUGAUAUACAUCUUGUUAUUCUGAUAUUACAUAUGUUUACAUUGUAUAAUGAUAUACAACUGUCUUUUGAAGAUAUUUUGUAUGUGAUGUUUAAUUUUGAACAUGUUCUUAUUGUUUUUGUUAUUCUUCUGCCUUUGCAGAAUUUCGUUUUGUAUUUUGUUAACGAAUGGUAAAUAAACGGGAUAAACUACAUUACAUUUCA